UCAUUAUACCAUCGGCACAAACCAAUCAACCUUCCACGGCGGCGAGGCGACCACCCUCUUUCAAGGUUGCCUCCGCCGAUCACCACCACCACCCACACAUCCUUCCCUACACACCCAUCAAUUCUUCUUCUUGAACAAAUAAAUAAAGCGCCACCCUUUUGCCUAUAAAAUAUUAUAUAGAGAUAGAUAUAUAUAUAUACAUAUAGAUACUUUCAUGCAUUGAUAGGUGUAAAUAUACACAUUGAAUCGAUCGAGUAUAUACACAAAAAGUAUACAUGGGAGAAGUGGAGCAACGUGUGCAGAUGCAGGAGGUAGAUGCGAAGUUGCAGCAGCACAUUACGUUUGCAGAAGAUGCGUUGAAGAAAAGGAAGCGUUUUUUGUCGAAGCAGUUAUCGCUGUGUGAGGCGCCGCGAGACAUUGCAUGGGAGAGGAAGAAGAAGCAAGAGGGGAAGACGAGAACGAGAACAAGGAGGAACAGUUUUCACCACUGCGACGACGUCACCGACGAGGACCUUCACGAGCUCAAAGGCUGCAUAGAAUUAGGGUUCGGUUUCAACGAGGAAGACGGCCAGACACUGUGCGACACCUUGCCUGCUCUCGAUCUUUACUUCGCCGUCAACCGCCAGAUGUCACCGGUCUCCACCCCUAACGCCCGCGCCUCUUCUUCCUUUGGCAGCUCCAUCAACGCUACACCACCACCAUCUGACUCUGAUUCUUGGAAGAUUUGUAACCCAGGGGACGACCCUGAACAUGUAAAGACGAAGUUAAGGCAUUGGGCUCAGGCUGUAGCUUGUUCUGUAAUGCAGUUUCAUUGAAGUGUGGAAUUUUUGUACAGAG